AUGCAACGAGCCGACGAUUCGGAGAAGACGGCGUCGUUUCUGCAGAUCAGGAUGUGCAAGUUGAAGGUGAAGAUAGGGAAGACGUUGAAGAAGCUGAGGAAAGGUGCGGUCUUGAGCAUGUCGGCGGCGAGGUUGAGGGUUUACCGGGUGAUUAGGAUCCAGUGGAAGCGGUUGUUCGGUGGCCGGCCCAUCGCCGCCGCCGGCGGCGGUGGUGGUGGUGUUCUUCCUGUUGCUGCAGCUUCCAUCUUCCCUUCCUUGUAA